UCUUAUAGUAUAAAUAUAUGAUAAAUAUACAUCAUAGUUCUACAUAAAAAUCUCGGAAUCUACGACAGCACUUGGAGGUAUUCGUUUAAUGCAAUAGCCGAGCAGCUCCUCAUCUUCUGAAGACUUGUAUUACACUGUCUGCAUCGAAAGCAUACACUGCAGACCGCAUCGGUAUCGUCCGCACUAAUUAUUAUUAAAUAGCUUGAUCGCCACCCUCGAAGAAGUAGUUUAUAAUCUUCCCUCGAAUAUUCCUCCAAGAGAAUGCGUAAUUAUUAUCCGCAUCGAGAAACGCCAGCUGUGCUAUAACAAGGGGCCGCAUAGUGCAUAUUUUAGUUACAGCACACGCGUGUAAUACUUAGAAACGUAUUAUAGGUAAAAUCUGUUUUAAGCACACAACGGGAAGCACAAUCUCGAGCCAACAAAGAGAAUUGAAUAUAAUUCCGCGUUACGUGAAACAGAGUAUAUGAUUUAAGUACAUUGCGUAUAAAGUACUUCGAUUCGAUAGUUUUGCCGCGGUAUGUUAUAAAGCUAUGUACUUUGCGAGACUUCUCGUUUAAUAUUUCACGGCUUUUUUCAUUUCAAAUCCCUUUCCAAAGAGAAUUCUAAAUGUCGAGAUGGGAGGGACAAUGAUCGCGCGGAGGUUUCAGGGGUCAGACUGUAAACCAGAGGCGUAAUUCUGGCGCAGUUGGAGAUAGAGCACGGAACUGUUUGUUGAUCAAGACGGCUGGUGUGAAUACUCUGCGGUUCGAAAAAUUCUUGUCUUCUCGUCAAGAGAUUUUUUUCGUUUCCAGUGAGUACAAUAUUAUAAUUAAAGAAGAUUAAUUCCUUCAUUUUCAGAAUACAUCAAGCGAUAGCAUCAGCAUGUAAAACUCAUGGUCAUAAGCACUGGAUCCAAAAGAACCUUCGCUGACGUAGAUCUACGCUGUUUGAGAGAUAGAAAGAGUAUAAUUGCCAGCUAGAUAUAAUAUAUGCCACUUAAAGUGAAAUAAAAUAAAUUUGACUUUAAUAUACUCCGUAUGCAGAUUACCCGUCAUCGACGACUAAUCUUGACUUAAUUCAUGACUGAUGAUCACAUUAAUGGGCCAAAAUCUACGUAGCGCACAAUCUGGACACUGACAUGGGCAAUCCCGAGCACUGAUACCAUCUUUUAUCGACUAUUUACAAUUGUUAUGGGUUUGAUAGAGGUACUUGAGUCUCGCAAGAUCUUCUUAUGGAUCUGCGGCCUUUGGCCUAAGGAAUAUCAACAUAAACCGAAACUUAGCCAGAUGAAGCUUUACUUUAUUUGGUUCAAUAUGUUAAUGAUGUGCCUGCUCGUAUUUGCAGGUCUUGUUGCCAUUGCCACGCCCGAUAAUAUACCUCAGUUUUUGACGGAUUUUAUUGGAUUCGCUGCAGCAGCGUCUAAGCUUAUACCCUUCGUGCAUAAUAGAAAAAGAAUGAUGAAAGUGAUAAUGGAAACACUAAAGUUAGAAGAAACUUCGAAAUUUGAAAAUGACAAUGACCUCGAAAUCAUAAGAUCCUGGCGGCGUACUCGAGAUGGAGUUCUCAAAUAUCACAUGCGGAUUUAUGGCUUUAUAUCGGUUGCGUACUGUUUUCUACCAAUAAUUUCACAAGUCAACACUUAUCCUGCGCAGACAAUAAUCCAAGCCAGUUUAUUCGUUAGCCCAUGGUAUGAAUUUUUUUACGGGUUCCAUUGCGCUCAGCUGUUCUUGUAUUUGUUCAUAAUCAUAGCGACCGAUGGCUUGUCCAUGAUACUCAUCUUCAAACUGUGCGAAGAGCUGCAACGCUUCGAAUGCCUACUGUUCGAAAGGCAUCGAGCCGAUGAUGCAACGUUGAGCGAGAAAUACAAGAGCAGAGGUGAAUUUCUCCGAUGCAUCAUCAGAAAGCAUUGCACGAUACUCGAUUACGGCGAAAGCAUAUGCAAUCUUUUGACGGGAGCGCUAUUCACACAGUAUUUUUUGCUGUCGGGCACGCUCUGCUUCUCCGUUUUUACAAUUCUAUCAAGCAACAGUUCGGCGAUGGCAAACCAAAUGUCCAUAAUGGCAGGAACGUGCAUCGUGCAACUUUUCAUGAUCAGCUUGGCAGGAGAGUUGGUGUCCACGAGGAGCUUAGCACUGGCCGACGCUCUUUUGCAAAGCGAUUUCUGCUGUUCCAUUUUUGGGGAAUUAAAAAGUUCCGAGCUUCGGCAAACCGUGCUGAUGCAAUUGAGGAUGCAGAAACCGCUGAAACUUUCUAUCGGCACUUUGGGCGUCAUUAAUAUCGAGUUCUUUUCUCGAAUAAUGAAAGGAGUAUAUUCGUUUACCAUGUUACUGAGGACUAGCUACGUUUGAUUUUAUAAAUUGUUGAAAAUUCAAGUAAAACAUUUAAACCGCGAGCAUUUUUAGACAUUGUUUGUCAUCGACUUUUAUGCAUGCGUUACUAACUCAUUAAUAAACUUGUCAAUAUA